AUGCUGCGCAACUCAAUUGCGCCGUCCCGAGGACUGGGCUCGUUGACCCGGCAAAGGCUCACCACAUCCAGACGAAACCUCAUAAGCAAGAGGAGUUAUAGCAAAGCUAGAAGCGCCGGCUGGCCUUCUGAGAGCUCAAUUGCCAGUGUAUUGCCAGCCCGGAAAACCUCAUAUGCCACAUUCACUACCAGCGCAACCCGUGGCAAUGAGCCAAAUGUUCGAUCACCACCUUCUCCAUCCUCUGCCUCGGCUAUAACGCCAGAAGGUCUUUCGAAAUCGGCAUCUUCUUCGCCUGCUGCUCAGACUUCCCAUGGCUCAUCGGUAAACCCGCCUGAGCCCCCGAAAGCUAAUGCCGGUGCUCCUCCACCACCGCCUCCUACUCCUAAGGCCAAGGGAAAAUUCGGCAGGUCGCUAUUGUAUCUCGUUCUCGUUGCGGGAGUUGCCUAUGCCGGAGGAGUGUGGUUUUCUCUCAGAUCCGAUAACUUCCACGAUUUCUUUACGGAGUAUAUUCCCUACGGCGAGGAGGCUGUACUGUACUUCGAGGAACUUGAUUUCCGCCGUCGAUUCCCCAAUGCUACCCGACACAUCAACACCCGCCCGGCUGCUCCUCGAAAUGAAGGCGAAAAAGUAACUAUACCCAGCAAGAGCGGUGUUUCAUGGAAGGUGUCUGAGAAUGACGGCACUAGUGAUGUAUCCCAUAAGGGAAGACAUAUGAGUGCUGUGGAUGCCGAAGUGCCUCGUCCCAGUGAUGAUUCAAAAUCUGCGCCAAAACGACCAGCUGCCGAUGACAAGAAAGUUUCCGAAAAGACCGGCUCCAAGAAGGAAGAAAGCAAGGAAAGAGUCCCGGUUACUGACACUAAGAAAGCCGCCGUUUCGCUCGAUGAGCCAAGGAAGCCAGCAGUUGCUACAGUUGCAAGCAUUGAGCCAUUGGCAGCUCUACAAGAUGACCCAGCCAUCCAGGAAUUGGCCAAGAUUGUUAACGGACUUAUUGCUGUUAUAAAUGCGGAUGAGUCUGCUUCUAAGCUCGCCGCUCCCAUUGCCAAAGCAAAGGAGGACUUCCUGAAGCUAGGAGAGCAAAUUUCUAGUAUUAAGAAGGAGGCGCUUGCUGCGGCUCAGGAGGAAAUCAAGAACGCUCACCAAGAAUUUGACCGAUCUGCUACCGAACUUGUUCGACGAAUCGAUGAGGCUCGCGCAGAAGAGGCUGCCCAAUAUCGUGAAGAAUACGAGACAGAGCGCGAGAAGCUUGCUAACUCUUACCAGGAAAAGAUCAAGACCGAGAUUGAGAGAGCCAAUGCGGUUGCAGAACAGCGACUUAGAAAUGAACUAGUUGAGCAAGCAAUCGAAUUGAACCGCAAGUUCCUUAACGACGUUGAUACUCUUGUUGAAAGGGAGCGUGAGGGCCGCUUUAGCAAGCUGUCUGAGCUCUCCGCCCAGGUUGCCGAGCUGGAAAAGCUGACCGCCGGAUGGAACGACGUUAUUGGUGCCAAUUUGACCACCCAGCAGCUCCAAGUCGCUGUUGACGCUGUCCACAGUGCUCUUGAGAGUGAGAGCAUGCCUCGGCCAUUCAUCAACGAACUUCUUGCUGUCAAGAGCCUCGCCGGCCAAGAUCCCAUCGUCAAUGCCGCCAUCUCUUCAAUAAACCCCACUGCUUAUCAACGCGGAAUUCCAUCGUCUGCCCAGAUAAUUGACCGAUUCAGGCGAGUCGCUAAUGAGGUCCGCAAGGCAAGCCUCCUCCCCGAAGAUGCGGGAGUUGCUAGCCACGCUACCAGCUACCUGAUGAGCAAAGUUAUGUUCAAGAAAGAAGUUUCUUCCAGCGGAGAUGAUGUUGAGAGUAUACUCACUCGCACGGAGAAGCUGCUUCAGCAGGGCAACCUUGACGACGCCGCUCGUGAGAUGAAUGCCCUUCGCGGAUGGUCGAAAUUGCUCAGCAAGGAUUGGCUGGCCGAUGUAAGAAGAGUUUUGGAAGUUAGGCAAGCCAUGGAGGUCAUUCAAACGGAAGCCCGUCUCAAAUGUCUCCAGGUCGAGAGCUUGGGACACUAG